UUUCACUCAGCGCUGCAUCAUUGGUGAAACCACGUGCUCUCUGUUGAUCAUCGGCAAGGGGAGGGAGGUAGAGAAGGACAGAGCUCUCUCUCUCUCUCAUUUCGUUUAGUGGACCCACAGACACACUCAACAACCUUCACUCUUCCAGUCCAUAGCAGCCUGAGGGACAAUCACACGGACACAGAGCGCAGAGAACAGCAAAACCAAGCGUCUGACUGGAAAAUAUAUCUACUCCACAGAUGGGGCCUGGAUUGUUUUGGAACUUCCCUCCCAAGGCUGGCUGCAUGGUUCCACAGAGCCUCCUGCAGACCAUACUGCUGUCCAGGAUGGCGGGGAUGAAGGAGCAGCAGUUCAUCGAGGAGAAGCCCCUGCUGCCGGAGCAGCGCGGCGUGGAUUCAGACAUGGAUAAAGGAGAGGAGGCAUCGGGGGGGUCACCGUGCCCCGCCAGCAAUGCGCCUCUUAACCACCCCUCUUCCCCCAGCCGCCCCACGCACCGCUGGCAUGUCAUCGCGCGCCACUGGCUCCGCCAGACGCGCCGUCGGACCAGCGGGUUAAUCCCGGAAAGCUUCGACCAGCUGAUGCCGGUGGGGGAUUGGAAGGAACACGAUGUCGAGACCCCUUAUGGGAUGCUGCACGUGGUGAUCCGCGGGGCGCCAAAAGGGAACAAGCCUGCGAUCCUCACCUACCACGAUGUGGGCCUGAACCACAAGCUGUGCUUCAACUCCUUCUUCAGUAACGAGGAUAUGCAGGAGAUCACCAAGCACUUUGUUGUUUGCCAUGUCGACGCCCCGGGACAGCAGAUAGGAGCAUCGCAGAUGCCACCGGGGUACCAGUACCCUACUAUGGACCAGCUUGCUUCAAUGCUGCCCACUGUGGUACAGCACUUUGGGUUUAAGAGCAUUGUCGGAAUCGGAGUCGGAGCUGGAGCUUAUAUUCUGGCCAAGUUCGCUCUGAUCUUCCCUGACCUGGUGGAGGGCUUGGUUCUGCUCAACAUCGACCCCAAUGGGAAAGGCUGGAUCGACUGGGCUGCCACCAAGCUGUCGGGUCUGACCAGCGCUCUGCCAGAUACCGUGCUGCCACACCUCUUCAGCCAGGAGGAGCUGAUGAACAACACAGAGCUUGUGCAGAGCUACCGGCAACAGAUCAACAACACCGUCAACCAGUUCAACUUGCAGCUUUUCUGGAACAUGUACAACAGUCGGAGGGACCUGGAGAUGAAUCGCAGCGGCACUGUGAUCAAUGCAAAGACCCUGAAGUGCCCUGCGAUGCUGGUUGUGGGAGACAACGCCCCGGCUGAGGAGGGAGUGGUUGAGUGUAACUCCAAACUGGACCCGACCAACACCACCUUCUUAAAGAUGUCGGACUCCGGUGGCCUUCCCCAGCUCACACAGCCUGGGAAGCUGACCGAAGCCUUCAAGUACUUCCUGCAGGGGAUGGGCUACAUCGCUUAUGUGAAGGAUCGGAGGUUGAGUGGAGGGCCAGUGCCCUCCGCCAGCAUGACCCGCCUGGCUCGCUCCAGGACGGCCUCCCUGACCAGCGCCGGCUCCAUAGACGGGUCCCGCUCUCGGGCCUGCACCCAUUCUGACAGCACAGAGGGAGUCGGCCCCAUCACCCACACCAUGGAGGUAUCCUGCUGAAGGGUCGGCCGGCCGGCCGGGGACAGUGGGGUGACUAGAUGGACGGAGACAGAGAGAGGGGAAGGAUGGGGAGGAUGUGAAGCUAUGAAGUCGACAUGCUAGAUAGAACUGGAAGGAACGUUCUUUUUCUCCUCCAUGUCACUUGGUUUCUUCUUCCCCCCCUUCACUGUACGUGUUGCUACUAAUUCCCUACUAAGUCCUACCAGUGUGUUUCUUGUGUUUACGAAUUGACCCCCCCACCCAACGCCCCCCUUCACAAGAAAGGAAGUGACCCUUUCUGUGUCCAGUCCCAACAGCUAUUUAUGAGCUGCUGCUAGUAACGUUGUUUUCAAAACUGUUUGAGAAAGUGAAAGAGCGGGAUGUAAAGAGAAGAAAUCAGUUCUUUUCCCUGCUAAAGGGGGUUUGCAUGGGGACUUUUGGCGAGCAGUUCUGAGGAGACCGGUGAGUGUCAGAGGAUGUGCGUCCAGAAUUUGACAGGAAACCGAUGACAGCACAUUGUAGUCUCGUUGUGCUUAGAGAGGAUUUGUUCGCUUUGUUUUAGUCUGCGAGCAGAAAUAGUACACACCACACUGAUUUUAAGCUGCACUCUGCGGGAUUGGAUGUUAAACUUGUCAAAACUUCUUUGUGAAAAAGGGACAGUCAGCCUACGUUCUUCAGGCAAGCGCCAACCUACAGCUGAGAAACGAGGCCAACGCUACGGGGUUUGUUGAACCUCUUCAGGAACCUGUUGAUGACAUCAAGCGGCUCACAUACUCACUUUGCACAGUCUGAGGUUUAGGCCCUAAACGCCCUGAGACCUAGCCGCCAUACCACCAGGGAGCUUAGCUAACACCAACAUGCUUUCACAAGGAUAACGUGUACAUGUACAAAGAAAGCAUAAAAAUGAUUGAGAUCAACACCUGAAAUGCAGCUGCUGUACGAAGGUCACAAACAGGUCAGGCUGGUAAGCGUCUCAUUGUUUCCCUUAGCAACACUGUUUGGAGCAAUGUAGCUGGGUGCAGCGUUAUGUUGUCUGUCUUCUCACAUUUGUAACCACAUAAAUGUAUGCUAGACUAAGUAUUUAUUACAUGUAUAUGCAUGUGAACGUUGCCUUAGAGCAUCAUAAUAGUUCCUAGUAUAAGAAGGCAUUCUUUAUUAGAUCUUUCCAUGUGGCCAGUUAAGCAGAGAAUCUGCCGUCAUCAGUCAGCUCUUUGUGGUCACUAACGGGACAAUCGCACUCUAAUCCCGACCACACCAGACCAGAAGGGACUGACCCACCAGGUUCUUACAGCGCCGGGCUCCUCUUCGCUGCCCCCCUCCACAUAAACACACACAAUCAGAAAUAUCCACAAACCCAUACAACCAUUUCCACACAUCUUCUUGUACUAAACCUACGCGUUCUGUGCUUUGAAAGGGGAAACCAUAAUCUCUGCGAUAUAGGACAGUGCAUGUGUACAUGUGUGCUUUUAGACGAGUGAAGCUGUGGGCUGUUAUCUGCUGUGAUACCGGAGCGCCCCCACAGUAGUGAUCAGAGGAGGGCCCCCCUGUUUCCUGGCUCAGAACUGGACAGUCUUCAUGCACCGGAUUCAAAACGUUGGUCCCCUUUCAGAAGGGACGUAGCUUCCAAUCGCUGAGGCGUGCACCUGGUGUCCUGUAAGGGGCGGGGCUUUUUUGGAGCCAUUUGGGCACCAAGCUCGGAAUGUAGGGCAACCCCCAGCCACCCUAAAAAACAACAACCAUAACCCCCCAAAUAAUCACAACGUGCCCCGGCUCUCACAGGCAAACCCAGUCGCACCCUAAAGGGCUAUCAACUGCCAAGUCGUUUUUAAAAUGUCGGUAGGGUUAGUUAGUUAGUUUCUGAGCACAAGGCGCCCUGGAGACCAGGACAUCCUUACAGAUUUGUAUUUUGAAGCAGAACAGACUAGAAGGUAUCGUUACUGAACAUGGAGAGAGAUUCUGGCCUUAAUGAAAAGUGUGUGAGUAAAUGUUAAAAAAAGAAUGUCACUUGUGAUGAAGCUAGAAAGAAGCAAUGGUCAGGUGUUAUUAGCCAGCCAGAUGGAGAACCUCUUUUGACUCCUCUCAGAACCUCAUGGGUCAAUGUCAUGACCAAUGAAGUCUGCAUGGAGCAGGCUUUAUGUUCACCUCUCAUCGUUUUCUUACUUCAGCUUUUUUCUGUACACUUGGGUUUUCUCCUACUCAACUUCUAAACUGCCAGGGGGGAUCCUGAAUGUAUUUUGUCCUUCAUUGCAGUGCUGUAUGGUGUUGUCAACCCCCCAGAACCCCUCACUAUGGUUUUCACUUCUAUCGCUGCCCUGCAUUCGAUGUUUCACCCUGAACACAAAAAGCGAGCUCCUUCCUGCUCCUCUUCAAGUUUAUGAAUAGUGAAGUUUGGUAUCAAAGUGUUGAAGUAAACAGCUUGAUCAGCUUGUGUAGACUGUGGUCCUCCGUGUAGAUACUUCUCAUUUGUAGAGCAGGUCACCCGAAGCGACACUUAACACUUGUGAAGAAAACCUAAACAAAUUUCUGUUCCUCUUCUCUGGAGUUUCCUUUUUCUUAAAUAGGAAACUAGGGUGUAACGUCAUCUUAGUAUAAUUAUAUUGUUUUGUGUACUACAACUACUUCUCUUCUUCAUGCUGCCAUUCUGUUUGGUUUGUAUUGAGCAAUAUGUUCUUCUAUUCUCUGGUUCUUUCAUACUGUGGGAGUCUUUCCUUUGAGCUUCUUUCUAUUCACAACAGUAGAAGGAUUAUUACCUACUUAGCUGUCAUUCAGAUGUUUUAUGUUAUUCAAUAUAUGAUAAACAAAUAGUAAGAUUACUCUGUCCAUGUACUGAUCAAGUAACAAGUAUCAAAUAAAAACCUCAUGUCAAAAUGU